GACUGGAAAAAUCGGUAUAGCAUCGCGUUGGUGCCACUUGUGUUGCUAUAAUGCAACGACGUGUCAGUGGAGAUGAUACUUCUCUUGAACAGAAAGAUGUGAAGGAGAAUGUGGAAAUUGCGAGAGAACGUGAAGAUGGUGACGAAUCCGGUUGUGAUGACGAGAAGGAAAAGAUGGUCCCCGUAGAGACGUUUCAAGCGAUCGUAAGAGAAAGAGAUCAGUUAAGACGUAUGUACAGGGAAUUAUUAGCCAAGUUAGAUUCUAGCAAGUCAAACGUGCAAGCAACGGUGCUGAAGGGAAAUGAUAGAGAAGGCGUAGCAGCUACAGAAGUUCCAGUUCCUACACCAAAUAGUACAGACAGCGGAAAGGACACUGCAUUCAGACAUUUAGAGGAGCAACUGAGUUUUUUGGUAAAUGAAAUGACUGCGAUGGUACGUGCAUCUAAAGAGAAGGAAAACCAGCUAGCAGAUCUUCAAAUGAUGAUCUCAAAACGAGACACGAGGAUCACAGAAAUGAAACAAGAAAUGUUGACAUUGCAAGAAGAAGUGGACCAUCUGAACGGAAAAUUGAGCACAGUGGAAUCAGACAGAAACAGGCUGCUUGAUGAGAGAGAGGAGGUCAUGUCAAUGAUGCAGAACUGUGUUGCUCUUAGUGAAGAAAUGGACAGCAUUGUGACAAAUGUCAACGAAUUAAUGAGAAUUCUGUGGGACAAUUUUGCUAAAUUGGAAACAGUAGAUGUGCAACUGUUAGCCAAUAAAAAGCAUUGCUCACACAUAGAGGACAUCAUUCAAAUUUUGAACAGAGACAGGCAAAAGGUAGAUAUAGCAUUUCAAACUCAAUUGGAGAGGAAGAACAAAGCUUUGGAGGAAUGUUUGGUAGAUUUGACAAAAGAAGUCAAGGUAAUGCGUGAGUUGCUGAGACGAUCACAAGGAACCAAGAAAUAA